AAAACUGUACAGCAAUUGGUUCGUCCUGAUUAUGAUUCGCGUGUUAUUAAGAAUGGAUGGCUUAAUGGACUUAUGAACCCGAAUUCGGCACCCGAAAUCUCGGACCAGACGCUAAAGUUAGUCAGAGCAGAGUUGAAAGGCUCCCAUUUGUACUUAUACAAACCUCCAUUAUCGCUCAACAUCAAGAACUUCAAGCUUGACAACUCCGGCUCGACAUCGAACGAUCCAAACGACGAAUCCUUUUACCCAACUCCAACUCCUACCGAAUUACACGGAAACGCUUCCACCCCUUCACUUUCAGCCCAUGAAGGAUUCACGAAAUUGCCUCAUCCCGACUUAAACUUCGAUUUUAAGAACCACCAAUUCAUCACUUCCACUGCUUCGUUCUGCCAAUCUUGUGGAGUCACACCUUCCACCACGCCUAAUUCUAUAGAGUCCUUGAUCCACUUCAUCUUGUUCAACGAAGACGAAGUCGAUAAUGCGCAAAUUUUGGAUCUUAUUAAUAUUUUGCCCAUAUUCCCCAACUUUGGUAGAAUCUUGAAGUUGAUCGCAAUCUUCCUUUCAGACAUCUACAAUCACAAGUUCAAAGGCUACUACAACCAGGCCGUCGUGAUAGAGCGAGUGCUCAAAAUCUUAUAUAAUGUUGAAGAGAACUUCGACGGCUUCUUGCUAAAGUCUGACAUUGCACCCUACAUCUUGAGAAUCUUGGAGACGUUGUCAGAGCCGGAAUCGCCCGAAACCGAAAUUACAAACAUACAGAAGUUCAAGAAGGACAUGUUGAACAAACAACAAUCGUUGGUCAACCUUGUCAACAACGACCAUGUUCCCUCUGAUGUGAACCCAUUUCAAGAUUUGAAUUCCAUUGUGUUCAUGAAAGAUAUCAACUUGGUUGAUUUCGUUCAAGCCAUUAGUGCCAUUGAUUUGAAGUUCUUCAAACAUUGGAAUUCCAACAUCGACAAGUCGCUCUUGUUGUAUUCGUCCAUCAAUGGCAAUUUCGACUCAUCUAGUAGUCACGGCACCGCGGACUACUUCUACAAGAAGAAUCCUCUCAUUUUCAACAAUGACCAUCAUAUCCACUACUUAUCGCGUCUAUUGAUCAACCAUAUAUUUGUGGAAAGCUCGUCGUCGACCUUAAGUUCUUCUAGUUUGGAACGCAAAGCAAGAUUGUUGGAGAAAUGGAUCGACUUGGGUUGUCUUUUAGACAAGUCAGGAAACAUGUCGUCGUGGUUGGGUAUUUCAUCUAUCAUAUUAUCACAACCAGUACUUCGUUUGACAAAAAUUUGGUCAUUGGUUUCGCCUAACUAUAUAAAGUUGUUGAAGAGUGAUUGGUCACCAGUGUUGUUCGAAUUGGAUAGAAGACACUUGGCUAACGGUACAAGUUACGAGAAGUUGCAUAGCUCACCAUCUGCCUCUCCAGACAAGGACGACUUGCGUGAUUCUAUCAAUUUCAAGGACUCGUACCAUAUUAUGGCUCCAAGAGGGUUGGGUAAGAUUUAUCCGAAAGAGCGCGUCAUUCCCUACUUUGGAGAUUUAGUCAUCAACAACAACUCAACAGCAGACAUCUUUGAGUUGGAGUCGAUUUGGAAGAGAAUCAAUUAUUCAUUCAGCAGAUGGAACGAGUACCUCUCCAACUUGACCAACUAUUAUGAGAUUAUUAAAUACAACGACGAUGUUCUCAGAAGAUACGAUAGCAUGGGUUUCAUUUUCUCCAAUGAAAGUUUGAACCAGGUCUUAUACUUGGGUGCCAAUGAAGAUGGUAAACCAUUGCCUAGUCAGAAUGAAGAGAUAAGACCCCAAUUGAAGAGAACCAACUCUACCGACUUGCAACAAAAGUUGUUAAAGUUGAUUGAAAUUAAUUGUGACUCGAUCAAUUUGGAGAAGAUAAUGAGGUUAUCCAUUAAUUUAGAGCCAGAUUUGCCAGAGUCAUAUUUGAAGGUGGAAAUGUCGACGUCAGUGAUUCCAAACACUCCCUUGGAAUUGAGCUUCAUGAGAAACCGUAAUAUGUCUAAUCUUUCGAUUCAUUCAAAUGGAUCAAAUUCUUCACUUAAUGGAGACCUGUCUACGAUUUACGAGACAGUAACAGGCAAGAGCGGAAUUGAAUACAAUCCCGAAUCACGUAUUCCAAGUUUCAACGAUCGUUAUUUCACCAUUAACUUGUCCAAGUAUGAUGAAUUGACAGCAUACAGCAACAAUGAAGAUAGUUCCCAUAACCAGAAGCUUUUGGAUCCGUCUGUUAGCAAGCACAAUUUCAUUAUCAAUGAUGACUUGACUUUCAGAAUCGAUGAUUUCGUUAAUGAAUUAGAUCCUACAGCUGUUAAUUUCAAUAGCAUUGAUGAUGUCAUCGUUGAAGUCGAAGAUGAUGUUCCUGGAUUGGGAAUCGAUGUAGAUGAUAUCUUGAAUUCAGAAAAGUUCAACAACUUCACAAUAUCACCAAAAUUGGGUUCUGGAAACACCAAGAAAUUUGGUGGUAUUAGCGGUGAUUCUCUCAAUGGAGCUUCCAAUCAUUCGAAAGACCUCCCCAUCAGAUUUAUUCCAAAAUAUGCAACUAUGGAUAAGCUCAUUGACUUGUUGUUGAUUGAUGUUAAGUAUUUCCAUCAAGAAAUUACCCUUGACUUAACAGAAUAUCGAUUUGUAUUCUUGUUGAAUUAUAACUCAUUCAUUACAACCAAAGAACUCUUGGAUAAGUUGGCUUUGAGAUUUAUCAAUUCUGGUAAUGCUGUUAUUUCGGUUAUGAAAAGAGAAUACUUGAAGAGGACAGGAGUUCGUUCUCCACGGGUUGACUUCCCCAAUUGGAGUCUAGACACCACUGUUGAUUUGAAUGAACUUGGUGACGUUGAUUAUGAGCUCUUGUUGAAAAUACAGAUCAAUAUUUUAAAGGUUUUGAUUGUCUUAGUCAAUAAUUUUUACUCCAAUUUCUCGCUUGACAUGGGCAAUAAGAAAAUCUUGAUAAAGUUGCUUAAAUUAUUCAGCAAUGAAAUUUUACAAUGGUAUAAUUCUAACAAGAUUGACUCGAAAUUAGAAAAGUCGUUUGAAAGCUUGGUCAACUAUUACAAGAAAUUGAAGAAGUUGUUCGUGAAGAAGACCUAUAGACCAAUUGAAAUUCUGAAAUUUGACGAGUACUUGAUCAAGGAAUUUAAGUUCAACAACUCAUUACAUGAAGUUCCAAUGAAUAGAAACUUACCAAGCCAUAGAAAUGUGAGCAAAAUCGAGAAGUUCUUACUCAAAUUCAACAAGCUUUUGACUGUCUUCUACAAGGGAAUCAAGGCAGAGGAUUGGGUGAGAGUGUACAAGAUUAUCGAAACAGUUUUCGAAGAAAAUAAUUUGUUUGAAUUCAACUUGCAGAAAUCAACCGUUAGCGAAGAUUACAUGAUUGUUUCCAAUGUUUUCAACUACUUCGAAUCUUUGGUUGAUCCAGUCGAAAGACAAUUGAUAUUGAAGAGAUUUCCUUUAGUUUUCAGAAAGUUAUUCAAAUUGUACUUUAAGUUCAGAUCUUACAUUCUUAUCCAACUAACUGAUUUAGGAAUCACUGUUGAAGAAAGAUUGGAUCGUAUGAAGACAUUGUUGAUUAUGUGUAAGAUCUCGAAGUUGAAAAUGAGUGACAACCAGUUUGUUUUUGAAGGAGGCAGAGGUAACAUCCCAUCUUGUAUCGAGACUGCUAUUACAAAUGUAAUCUACUCUCCUGAGAGUAGACUUUUCGCCAGUUUGUGGAUCAAGGCAUCAGUUCAGUUAAAUGAUGAUGUCCCCGCAAGUUCAACUUCAGUAUAUGAAGAUCUUGACAUGUUAUUGCCACACAAGUUGACUUCUUCUGAUUUGCAAAGCGGUGAGCCAUUGUUGCCUUGUUUUGGUUGGAUUAUUGAAAAUAUCAUUGAAACCAAUAAGUGCCCAAGUUUCUUCAAGAACGCAAUCAAUUUUAAUAAGAGAUACUUAAUCUUCAAGCUCAUUAAGGAGCUUGGUGUUGAAGAUAUUGAUGGAACUGGCGAAGGAGCCAAUUUCAGUUCUCAUGAUUCACGAGAGUUUGAUUUCUUAUUGAAGUUGGAUGAGUCACUUGUGGACACACAAAGCAUCAGAGAAUUUACACACCAUGACAAAGAAAGAGGCAAAUUAUUUAAAAGUGUGUUGAACGAACAACAACGUCUAUUGGUCGAUGAUAAUAUGAAGAAGCAACUUCGUGAAAGCAAGACAAGCUCUGGAGCCGGAAAUCUGGCAGCUGCAAGCAACUCAUUGACACUUCAGAAAAAGACUUCUAAUUCUAGUCUAAAGCGUCAAUCGUUGUCUUAUAAAUCUAAUUCAUCAUCCAGGUUCAAGAUCAGUGGUCUAUUUGGAAAAUCACGUCCCUUCUCACUCAAUGGAUAUUCUAAUACGGAAAGACGUGUUAGUUCUCAAGAAUUGCCAAACAUUGAAAGUAUAUUAGAUACCAAGCAAAAACCAUUUGCAAUCAUUGCAUUGAAGAGCAAGAAGAUUUUCCCAGUUUACUUAUUGCCAUUAUGUUUCAAGGUGGAUUCAGAUGUGGCAGGUGAUGAUGUUUUCUUUCAGGCUCCAAAUCAAGCUGAUUUGAACGAUUGGUUGGUCAAAUUGAACUAUGCCAACAGACACUGGUUCUUCUCUAGAAAUCUUAACUUGAAGAACAAUCAUCCAAUGACAACAUUUGGUAUUCCUAUUACAGUUGUCUGUGCUCGUGAACAAAGCACUUACCCUACGUUCUUGGAGUUGAUCUUUGAUGAAAUUGAAAGCGAAGGAUUGAAAGAUGUCGGUAUCUAUAGAAUCAGUACUUCGAUCAGUGAAUUGGCAAAUGUUAAGGCUAUUAUUGAUAGAACUGGUACUCUCAAUGUCAACGAAAAGCCGUAUGAUACUCACACAUUGACUAGUAUUGUCAAGUCAUAUUUCAGAGAGUUGCCAGAUGCCUUGUUAUCGGACAAGGUCAUUAAUUCCUUCUUUUCCUUGAACAGACUCUCGGAAGAGAUUGAUGACGAAGUGGACGAUCCAAGAACUCUAGACAAGUACAAGGAAGUCUUGAAGGAGUUGCCAUCGGUUAACUACAACACCUUGAAGUUACUUUUGAAGCAUUUGCAAAAGGUUAGUCAUUUCAGUGAAGAUAACAAGAUGACGACCUCUAAUUUAGCCACUGUUAUAGGCCCUGCUUUGACUGAAGCAAGCAAUUUAGAAAUCUUGAUCAACAACUUUGGAUUCAUGAAUUCGAUCUUGGAGAAGUUAAUCAUCAAUUACGACUACGUGUUUGAUGAU